ACAUUUCAAUGGAUUGUUACCAGUUAUCUUUGUGGUGGUGAAAGUAGAAAAACAGAAAAGGAUCGUAUUCGAAAAGGUGUAAAUAUUUUAAUAGGAACCCCUGGGAGGAUUUUAGAUCACGUUUUACACACUUCAGCAUUAGAUUUAAGUAAAAUAAAGUGUGUAGUGCUCGAUGAAGCCGAUAGAUUAUUAGAUAUGGGAUUUCGAAAGGAUAUUUUAAGUUUAAUCGAAAAAAUUGACUCAUCAAAAAUUCACAGUGAUUAUAACCCAAUUGAAAUGCUUUUCCAAAAAUCACAAAAUGAUAAAAAAGUCACCAAUAAAGAAUAUCAAACGAUUUUAUUAUCGGCAACUUUAACUAAAGAUAUCGCUGAAUUAGCCGAUUUAACCAUGAAAGAUCACGUUUCGAUCGAUGCGUUAGACGAAACUCAAAACGUUAACGAAAACGAUUUUAUUAUCCCAAAGACGGUAACCCAAGAGUGUUUAAUUGUUCCGAUUAAGCAUAGAUUGUUUACUUUGUCUUCGAUGAUCGUUUCGAAAUCGAAGAAAAACGCGAAAAUAUUUGUUUUUAUGGCGAGCACUCACAUGGUCGAGUUCCAUUACGAAUUGUUUUCGAACCAUUUGGUAAAUAUGCCCAAAAAUCGGGGGAGACAAAAAACUAUGAAUUUUAACGGCGAAAAUGUCGUUGUUUUUGAUGAUAGCGAUGAUGAAAGUGAUGAAGAAUUAGUUGUUGACGUUGAAUUUUUUAAAUUACAUGGUAAUAUGGAUCAAAAGGAAAGGAAGGAUGUUUUUGUUAGGUUCAAAAAUACUCGAAAAGGGGUUUUAAUUUGUACCGAUGUUGCUGCUCGUGGUUUGGAUGUCCCAGAAGCUGAUUUAAUUGUACAAUACACCCCACCUCAAACUGAUAAAGAUUAUUUACAUCGAAUUGGCCGAACGGGUCGCGCUGGAAAAUCGGGAAUCGCAACGAUUUUUUUAACACCCGAAGAACAAGAAUACAUUUCUUAUCUAAAUAAUCAUAAAGUUUUUUUGAAAAAGAAAGAUACCCAAGAAUAUUUGAGACACCUUUGUGAUGUGAUGCGCGAAAAAGAUGUUGAAGAAGCCGCAACCGCGCUUCAAAGACAUUUUGAAAAUGUCGUAAAUAAAAAUGGGGUUUUAAAAAAAAGCGCGUGUUUUGCUUAUUCUACAUGGUCAAGAUUUUAUAAUAGUUACUCAUCGUCGUUGAAAUCUAUCUUUAAUUAUAAACAAAUUAAUUUAGGGCAUUACGUAACUAGCUUUGCCUUAACGAUAACUCCAACGGAAGUGUCUGGAAUCGUUCGCGGGCAAAUUGGAAAAACCGAAAAAACGAGAUUAAACAAAAAACUAGCUAAUCACGCUGAUGAUGGAUCAAAAUUAAAGCAAUCAAAGAAAAGGAAGAAUUUGAGUGUUUCAACGUCAGAAUAUUCAAGCGGAUUGGAAUCGUUGAAAAAGAAAAGUAAAAUGAAUUAAAAUUAAAAAUAAAUUUAUUUGUUUCUUCUUC